GACAGAUAGUCGAAGUGUAAACAGCGAGAAUUAGAAGUGAGCCGUAACUAUAAAAGUAUAUGUGAGUUGUAGUGAUAGAUUUCGGAGCGAAGACAAUUGCGUGCAGUCUCAAUAUAAAAGCGGAAAGUGUGCGAUAUUUCUAACCAACGAUUAUUAUAGUGAAACUGUGUUAAAAAUGUACGCGAUCGAGAGAUUUAUGCUGAAAAAACAAAACUUUCAAUUGAAAUGGCCCAGCUAUUAUAUCAGUCUUAAAUUAUAUCAAAGCAAAAACGAUGUUUAUGGAUAUAAAUCGAGUCAACGAAAAGAUUUUAAAGUAUCAAAGGAAUAUCUUGAUAAACGAGCAAAAUACAGCAAUUUUUAUAGACUAGUCAGCGCAUAUAGGAUUCAUGGACAUAAACAAGCCGAUAUAAAUCCAAUUUCACUGACCAAGCCAUUGUUAUUGCCUGAAUUGCAACCAGAAAAUUUCAAAUUAAAUUUAAUGGAUAAGGUUUGUUUCCGAGGGAUCUUAUUUACACAACAAAAUGAAGGAUCAAUAGAGGAAGCCAUUCGAUUUUUAAAUGCUAUCUACUGUGGUACUGUCGGAACUGAAUUUAGCUAUCUUGAGACGGAAGAAGAAAGAGAAUGGUUUGCUGAAACUGUGGAAACAACUUUGACUGAGCCAUUAGAUGAUGAAACAUGUAAAACAAUAGCCAUAGAAAUGGUUAAAAGUCAAGCACUUGAUAAUUUUUUGGCCGUAAAAUUUGUUAGUCUAAAGAGAUAUGGAGGAGAAGGAGCCGAGAGUAUGAUGGCCUUUUUUCAUGAAUUGUUUAAAUUAUGUGCUUAUGAUAAUUUGGAACACGUCGUUCUUUGUGCGGCUCAUCGCGGCCGUCUUAAUGUAUUAACUGGGCUAUUAAACUUUCCAUUGGAGAAAUUAUUUCGUAAAAUACGAGGAUUCUCUGAAUUUCCGGAUACAACCAAGUGUACUGGAGAUGUGAUUAGCCAUCUCAUAAAUUCCACCAAACUCAACAUAGAGGACAAAAACCUUUACGUGACCAUGCUUCGAAACCCUUCGCAUUUGGAAAUAGUAAAUCCGGUGUCAAUGGGUAAAACGCGAGGAAUUAUGCAAGCAAUUCAAGAAGCUGCGUAUGAUGAAAAUAAAAUUGAAAAAUGGAGCGAUAAAGUAAUAAAUAUUCAAGUACAUGGGGAUGCUGCUUAUCCAGGACAAGGAGUUAAUCAGGAGUGCUUAACUUUGAGUAAAGCACCACAUUUUGAAAUCGGCGGUACAAUUCAUUUAAUAAUUAACAAUCAAUUAGGUUUCACGACUCCGACUUCAAGAAGUCGAUCAUCGAGAUAUUGCACGGAUUUAGCAAAAAGUAUAUCUGCACCUGUAAUUCACGUGAAUGGCGAUAAUCCUGAGAUGGUUGUACGGGCUGUAAGAAUAGCCUUUAAAUAUCAAAGACAAUUCAGGAGGGAUGUUUUCAUUGAUCUAAAUUGUUUUAGAAGAUGGGGUCACAAUGAGUUAGAUGAUCCCAUGAUCACAAACCCUCUUAUAUAUAAAAUUAUACAAAAUCGACCAUCUAUACCAGAUCGAUAUGUGGAGAAGUUGGUAAACGCCAAUGUCCUUUCUCAAAAAAGUGUUAAAAAUACUAUCGAAAGCCAUACCGCAUUAUUGAAUAAGGCUUUAAAAGAAUCGGAAGAUGUGUCACGACAUCUAACCACUUCAUAUCUCACUGGAAGAUGGACGGGAAUAAAACAAGCUGAAGCCAAUAUAACACGAUGGGAUACUGGAGUUGACUUGCGUUUGUUACAAUUCCUGGGGAAAAAGAGUGUUCAAGUACCACCAAAUUUCGAUAUUCAUCCACAAUUAUUGAAAAAUCAUAUUCAAAAUCGUCUAAAAAAGAUUGAAAGCGGAAAAGCUUUGGAUUGGUCAAUCGCUGAGGCGUUAGCCAUCGGUUCUCUAUUAUAUCAAGGAUAUAAUGUAAGAUUAAGCGGACAAGAUGUGGGUCGAGGAACUUUUUCACAAAGACAUGCGAUGUUUGUUGAUCAAUCUACAGAAGCUAUUUUUAUCCCGUUGAACUCUAUGGUUAGUGAUCAAACUGGCAAACUAGAAAUAGCUAAUAGCAUCUUAUCUGAGGAAGCUGUACUAGGUUUUGAGUACGGUAUAAGUAUAUCAUCACCUUUUAUAUUGCCUAUUUGGGAAGCUCAAUUUGGAGAUUUCUUUAAUGGCGCACAAAUCAUUAUCGAUACGUAUAUAACAAAUGGAGAAGCAAAAUGGAUGCUUAGCAGUGGCUUAACAAUGCUAUUACCACAUGGAUAUGAUGGUGCUGGUCCAGAACAUAGUUCAUGUAGGCUCGAAAGAUUCUUACAAUUAACUGAUAGUAAGGACGAUGAGAUCGACAGCGAUGAUAUUAAUAUACAGAUUGCGAAUCCUACUGAACCAGCACAAUAUUUCCAUUUAUUAAGAAGACAGAUGAUAAGAAAUUAUCGAAAACCUUUGGUAGUGGUAGCACCUAAGAUUUUGUUGCGUCACCCAGCAGCGGUAUCAUCGUUCUCAGAUUUUAUGCCUAGGACGAGUUUUAAAACUAUUAUCGGAGAUAAUAAUGUAGAAGAAAAUUGCAAUGUGAAUAAAAUUAUUCUAGUUAGUGGAAAACACUAUUAUGCACUUAAUAAUUAUCGAGAAACUAUUGGAAACAAAAAUGUGGCUAUCAUCAGGAUAGAAAGUCUAUGCCCAUUUCCUGUUCACGAAUUAUUGGAAGAAAUUGAAAAAUAUAAACAUGCGAGAAUUUUUAUUUGGAGCCAAGAAGAACCGCGAAACAUGGGCGCGUGGAAUUUUGUUAAACCACGUUUUGAAACUUUGUGUGGACGACAAUUAAAAUACUGUGGUCGAAAACCCAUGGCAGCGCCAGCUGUAGGAGAUGGACAAAUACAUCAACAAGAAGCAAAUGAUGUUAUUGUUAAACCAUUUAUAAUGAAAUAAUGAUAAAAUAUAUAUAACCUCACAACCUCUA